AUGGGAAAGGAAAGGAAACAAAGGGAACCAGGCUCACGUGGGUUCCCCGCCCCCGAAUCGCGGUCGCCAGGUGGCAUUCGUUCCCUAAGAUGGGAACAUGGGGAACAUCGUCUCUUUCGGCAGGGCAGGAAGUGGCAGCGUCGCGCGGUGGGGGCUUUGAAGGAUUUGAAGGGCUUUUCGUCCAACUCGCACAGUUGGUUGCAUUUCAGUCCAACUCGCUUAGUUGGUUGCAUUAAAGGCACCCACUGGUCAUCGCCGUUGGUUUCUCUCACGAGAGGAAAAUUCCUGGAGCCAGUCGCAGGUUCUUCACUAGGCAGGGCUUGCCGCCUGGAUUCACCCACAGCCCACAAUCAGAAGCCAGCAUAUUCACGACUGCAGCUGCGAUUGAGGUCAGGGGGCUGGAGUCUGAGGGUCGUUGCCGGGGUGAAGGAGGAGCAAGGGGCCAUGGGUGACCAGGCAGACACCAAGCAUGUUCAGGCACCCAUCCCCUCUUUGGCAGAAGAGGAGGCAAUCAUGAAAAAGAAGUAUGGCGGUCUUAUGCCCAAGAAGCCUCCCUUGAUCUCCAAGGACCACGAGCGUGCUUUCUUUGAUUCAGCUGACUGGGCCCUUGGAAAGCAGGGCGGAGCACCUCCAGGUCAGAAGCCGCGCAGCUUGAUGGAGACAUUGCGACCUAAGCUUCAGCCCUCGUCCCAUCAGUCGGGGUCAUCUCGGCGAUCAUCUCUUCUUGCAGCAGAAGGUGAAGGUGAAGGCCACGUUGACGGUCAAGGUAAACCAGAGGAAGCUACAAACGGCGUGCAAACUCAAAGCUGAGAAACGUUUGCAGGAUUUAUGCAGAAGAGUCGAUCCUGUGACUUAAAACAUCUACUUCCUUUGUGGUGCAAACCAAGUGCAGGAAGGGAAUAGGUGGAUAGAUGGAUAGGUGGAUACUCGUACACUGGAAGAAAAUACUUAUUAUUUAUGUUAUGCGAGUUUUUUUGAAGACUACGCUGAAAGUAAUGUUUCUUUGAGGUUGAUACUUGCUGUGACGAAUCAGUGAAGCAUGGAUUAUCUUCUCUACAUCUUUUAAAGCUUAUUGGUGAGUUUCCAAUGAUGAGUAAAGUGACCAUGAGAGGUGUUUCAGAUCA